AUGGAAGAUUCAAACAGCAAGAAGCGAGUUAGAGGUGACUCGGCCGAGUCUGACCUAGACUCACCUAUGGUGAAGAGACUCAGAGACGAUUUAUUAGAUCUCCUUGAGGACUCUGAUUCUUUGCCUGUUAACCAAGACCUCGCAUCGGUUAUUAAGAGUUUCGAAGAGGAGAUAUCGGCAGCGUCAUCAACUUCAAAUGCAAAGGAACCGCUGUUGAAUCCGAAAUCAGAUUCCAGCGAACCUCAACCGGAUCUUGUUUACCUUUUGGAGGCUUCCGAUGAUGAUCUUGGUUUACCUCCUCCUAUGGCUACCACAACUUCAAGUGAGGAAAUAAGGAGCGAGGUUACUGAGUUGCUGAGACUCGACACUGACUCGUCAGGAACCGGUGAGUUGUGGGAAUUUGGGGAUCAGAUCCCUAACUAUGACUUAUUCGAGUUCGGAAUCGGAGAUAACUACGGUGGUGGCCAUGUGACGUAUGGCGGAUUGUUCGAAUAUCCCGAUGUCUAUUACGAUUCGUCUGAGUUUUCUGCAUUGUUGUGGCGGCCCGAAACUCUGUCGGCGGAAUAA